CUCUCCAGCAGACAGACAGCCGCGCCGGCCCGGCCUGGACACCUGCGCUGGGGGCCAGCCCGACACACCGCCAUGCAGCAGCCCCUGAAUUACCCCCUGUACCCCCACAUCUACUGGGUGGACGGCAGCGCCAGCUCCCCCUGGGCGCCUCCGGGCUCCGUCCUCCCGUGUCCGUCCUCUGUGCCUGGGAGGCCUGGGCCGAGGAGGCCGCCGCCACCACCGCCUCCGCCGCCACCAUCGCCGCCCCUGCCUCCAGUGCCCCUGCCGCCUCUGAAGGCGCCGAGGGACCACAACACAGGCCUGUGUCUCCUUGUGAUGUUUUUCAUGGUGCUGGUGGCCCUGGUUGGCCUGGGGCUGGGGCUGUUUCAGCUCUUCCACCUGCAGAAGGAGCUGGCGGAGCUCAGAGAGUCCACCAGCAAAAGUCAUACUGCAUCGUCUUUGGAGAAGCAAAUAGGUCAACCCAAUCUGCCCUCUGAAAAAAGGGAGCUGAGAAAAGUGGCCCAUCUAACAGGCAAGCCCAACUCAAGAUCCAUCCCUCUGGAAUGGGAAGACACAUAUGGAAUUGCCCUUGUCUCUGGGGUGAAGUAUAAGAAGGGUGGCCUUGUGAUCAAUGAUACUGGGCUCUACUUUGUGUAUUCCAAAGUGUACUUCAGGGGUCAGUCCUGCAAUAACCGGCCCCUGAAUCACAAGGUCUAUUUGAGGAACUCUAAGUAUCCCCAGGAUCUAGUGCUGAUGGAGGGGAAGUUAAUGAACUACUGCACUACUGGCCAGAUGUGGGCCCGCAGCAGCUACCUGGGGGCAGUAUUCAAUCUCACCAGUACUGACCAUUUAUAUGUCAAUGUGUCUGAACUAUCUCUGGUCAGUUUUGAGGAAUCUAAGACCUUUUUUGGCUUAUAUAAGCUCUAAGAAAAGCACUUUGGGAUUCUCUCCACAUGGUUCCUUAUUACAGGCCCUGAAAAUAUGGUCUUGAAUGACAGUCUUCUUAAGCCCACUUGAGAUCAAGUGAGAAGACAUGAACCAAGAGUAUCUAGAGACCACAGGGUCCAGCAGAUCUACCGUUCCUCAUCUCAUGAGCCAGACGGGAGGGGGAAUACGACUGAAGAACAUGAGACUUGGGGCUGCCGUGUGAAAUGCAGAGGCAGGAAGAAGCAGCCACCAGGGUGUUCUACACUCAUUUUAAGUGUCCACAAGCAUUUUAGCACAUUGAAAAGGACACCUGUUAACUCACCUCUUGGAGUGGGUCUACUAUCUACCUCGGGGUGGCUGUCUUUCAGAUAUGGAUGUGACAUGAGUGUACAAGGGACGGAAAAAGAGGACUAGGCUUGUGUGAUAAGCUAAAGAAACCGAAAGGCCAGUGUCCCAUUGGAAGCAUGUUAACUUCUGAAGGCAGAACCUGAGCCACCAGGUGACGCUAACAGAGAAGCAAGGGGGAUCUUUGGGGAAGUUGCUCCAUUCCUCACGCAGCAUGUAUAUUUCCAGUGCAAUUUUAGGGGUGUGUGUGUGUGUGUGUGUGUGUGUGUGUGCACUCACAUGUAUGUGACUAGAAGAGUUACAUAAGAAGAGACGAUGUGGAACUUGUGAAGGAUAUGUUAGGAAAACAUGGGUUGCAUUUAAUGGUAGAUUUUGAAUACCUCUUGGCAACCAACUCAGUUGUCCUUAAAAUAGUCCUCAAGACUCUUUGAUUGUCACCUGUUGAUGCUGUUCUCCUAUAAUAUAACCAGUAUUUAUACCUUUUGUGUAUUUUAAUAAAAAGAAUAAGUGUAAUAAAAAUUAUAUUUUAGAAUACA